GAACUCAUCGUAGACCGUUAGCUAGUAGGUAGCUACUCCACAUGAUGAAUUUGUGUAACUAUCAAAACACUGACAUUAAACCGUGAUUUACAUUACAAUGGAAAAUAAAGACAUUGGUCAACCCAGUAAUGGUAGCAGUCGCUGCACAUCCUUUAACUCUGAUUCUGACGACUAUCGAUGUGUGGUAAUUCUCACAGUGAAACGAGCUACAGCUACCUUUUCUUUAAUAGGAUGCGUCUUUAUGUUGUUUGUGAUCUGGCUCCUGCGCCGAUAUCACUCCCUGGCUCAGAAGAUGAUCCUCAGCCUGACGGUGGCCGCUCUCUUUGACAGCAUCGCGUACGUCAUGGGUGAGGACCACCAAGAGGGAGGACUGUGUACUUUUCAGGCCUGGUGGCUCAUGUACUUUGACUGGAGUGCCUUGGCCUGGGUCUGCCUCAUCACACUCAACCUCUACCUCAACCUGGUGAAGGAGAUGAGGACCGACCAUUAUGAGAUACCGUACCAUGGCCUGGCGUGGGGGGUGCCUCUCCUGAUGUCAUGCCUCCCCUUGUUCGGAGGGUACUAUGGCCCAGCCGGAGCCUGGUGCUGGAUCACAGACAGUCACGUAGCCUGGAGAUUUGGCAUAUGGUAUGUUCCACUGUUCACCUUGAUCUUCCUGAUGAUCUGCUGCUAUGCCCGCAUCAUCUAUGUGGCCAAUAAGAGGAUGCAGUCCUGGUUUGGAACAUUCAACCCUGAGAGGGAGAGAAGGAAGGUAAGAGCUGGUUUGUUCCAUUUCUGGUGUUUGGGGGCGGGGGCGGGGGUGCCGGGGGGGGGGUGUGGUGGUUCACAGCUGGUCCCCGGGUCUAGGGCAGCAUGACUGCCAUUGGGUUCA